AGAGGACGUAAGCGUAAUUUAACCAAAUUUCAUGUUUCAAAACAUCCCUAUUAAUAAUUGCUUCCCAAUUGAACACAUACAUGGCUUAAAAAAUGGCACACUUGCUUCUGAUUUUGCUGCUUUCUACUUUGAUAAUUGCUUGUUCAAGCCUGGUACUCAGUCACUCUGUGGUUGAGUCUCUCCCAGGAUUUGAAGGACCCCUUCCCUUUGAACUUGAAACCGGGUAUGUGGGUGUGGAUGAAUCAGAGGAUGUACAGCUUUUUUACUACUUUGUUAAGUCUGAGUCCAACCCGAAAGAGGACCCUCUGAUCCUUUGGUUGACAGGAGGCCCCGGCUGCUCUGCCUUCUCUGCUUUCAUUUAUGAAAUAGGUCCACUAUAUUUCGAGGUCAAGCAGAAUGAUGGGAGUUUGCCGACUUUAGUUUUGAAUCCAAACUCAUGGACGAAGGUGGCGAGCAUACUCUUUGUAGAUUUGCCUGUUGGUACUGGAUUCUCCUAUGGAACUACCUCUCUUGCUUCUAAAUCUACCGAUUUGCAAUCAUGUGACCAAGCUUAUGAAUUUCUCAAGAAGUGGUUGAUUGAUCAUUCAGAGUUUUUCUCGAACCCUAUUUAUGUGGGUGGAGACUCAUACACUGGCAUUACGGUUCCAAUAAUCGUUCAACUAAUAUCAAAUGGUAAGAAACUAUCAGGAAAUGAAGUUGGCAUCGAACCACUUAUCAAUCUCAAGGGAUACUUACUUGGCAACCCAUUAACAACUCCAGAUGAUAGAAAUUAUGCAAUCCCAUUUGCUCAUGGAAUGGGACUUAUUUCAGAUGAACUCUACGAGUCAUUGCAGAGAAGUUGUCAAGGAGAGUAUUUUAAUAUAGAUCCUAGUAAUGCACGGUGUUUGCAGGAUUAUCAAGCUUACUCUCAGUGUAUUGAUGGACUUAACACAUAUCAAAUUCUGGACCCAUCGUGUGGUGUUGCUUCUCCAAAACCACAAGAAUUGUUUAGUGAAAGAAGAUCUGUCGAUGAGAAAAGCAUAGAGCUUGUUGUUGAUCGACCAUCGCCCUGUGAUUCUAGUCUUAUUCAUGCAUAUAAACUUUCCCAUUUGUGGCUGAAUGAUGAUAGAGUCCGAGAAGCGCUUCAUAUCCGAAAGGGAAGCAUAGGGGAAUGGAAAAGAUGCGCCUCUGGAUUGCCUUACACUCAAUCAAUUUGGGACAGUUUCCAAUAUCAUGUGAACCUCAGCACUAAAGGUUACAAGUUUCUCAUAUACAGUGGUGAUCACGACAUGGUAGUUCCAUUCUUGGGAACCCAAGCAUGGAUUAGAGCUCUCAACUAUUCCAUUGUUGAUGACUGGCGUUCAUGGUGGGUCCAAGGUCAAGUUGCCGGUUAUACAAGGACUUACUCCAAUCGGAUGACAUUUGCUACGGUUAAGCUGUUUGUUCACUCCAGCAAAGGAAUGUGUGCUCGAGCGAAGAAUCUUUAGUCCCAGAAGUUUUCACUAACAACAAAAAUAUUGGGAAGGUUUAUUGUUCGCUCAAGCGACCAAUGCGGCUCUGUUUGCUAUAAAGUUGUCUUUCAGUCAGAUUUUAGGGUAUGGCUUCUAGAUCUUUUCCUUGGGUAUUAGGAUUUUCAUCUAGAGCUUCUUUACUUGUUUCCUUUGAUAUCUGUGAGAGUUUACAUCAUGAAUUGAGUGGAUUAUAUCAAAGGGUUUAUUUAUUUUGUGUUAUUCACAAAAGAGAGAGUUAUUCUUCAGUGGAUUAUGUGGAACUUGGGCCUGAAGCUUUUGUGGAUUUCGGAGUGGUUCAUCGUCGUGGAUUCGACAUCGGCGUUGUCGAUUCAAUGUUGGGCAAGACAAUUCUGAGGUGAAGAUAGUGGUGGAAGAGACAUAUAGGGGUCGGUUCAAUUCGAUCGUGGAUUCGCUAG